GAUCACUGUCCACAUAAAGCUCUAUUCAAACUGGUUGUCAUGAUGAUCCCCUCUUUUUUCUUUUCUUUUGACAUAUUCCCUUUUUCCAACUUCCACUCUCUCUCUCUCUCUGUCUCUCUCGCUACUCUAUUCUCUUGUUCACAUACUCACUCUUUCCCUCCUGCAGCCAAAGAUCCAACCCGCCCGAAUUAACAACAGUCACCCAACUCCAUUUUUUUUUUAUUUUUAUCAACCCUUUCCCCAGCAGGACAUUUUUCGACAUGCUGGCAGCAUCUAUAAGAGCAUUGAUCAUAAUCGCUUGUAGCAGCACAUUCCUCGUCACAGGGAUAGCAUCACCAGAGACGACUUCCGAGGCAUUGAGAAUAGUAUCACCCAACACUGCUGCUGCUGCUGCUGCUGGCAAAAUAUUUCUGGACUCUGGCUACAAUGCCUUUACAACUUUGGGACAAGGAUCAUCCUAUCAACCUUCUCUAUCUGCUGUCCGAUCUCUCGCUCCAAUAUUUGCUAAUAGUUCCUCUACCCUUGAUAAGCGAGCAGACUGCAAUUGUCCACCUGGAUUCGGUUGUUGCAGCAAUGGCAAGUGCUGUCCUGGUGGUACUCUCUGCUCCAUCACCGCAGGAGUAGGAGGAUGUUGCGACUCCCUAUUUCCAUUCACUUGUGGGGAAAAGUACUGUUGUCCAUACGGCAAGUGUACGUCAGAAGGGCAUUGCGGAUGUCCAAUGGAGAAUGAAGUCCGUUGUGGAAAUAACUGCUGCUUGUAUGGAUGUGCUGCAAACGGUGUUGAUUGCGCUUGUCCAUCUACACAUCCUGUCGUGUGUCCAAAUCAAACGACAUGUUGUCCAGCAAAUAGCAUGUGUACAGCUGAUGGUAAAUGCUCUGCUGGAGCCAAGGCCACAACUCGUGGAAAUCCGUUCGGUCCUACACUCCCCGCGUCAUCAAGUCUACCAACAACAACCUCUGGAUCACAAAACCCUCAAGGGACAGGAAUUGAUUCAACAUCACCGUCAAGUGCCAAUAGCAAUAGUUUCCACAGCCUCGAUAAGCAACUUCAGGGUUUAAGGAUAUUGUGGUUGAUGAUUUCAAUGGCAACAUUCAUGGGACUUUAAAGCACGUGCCCAGUUUAUCACAUUUAUCAUACAUAUAUAUUUUUAAAAUACAACCCUAGUCUAGAGUUUAAAAAAGAAAAAAAAUGCAA